AACCACCUAAACUAAACUAAACUAACCAAACUCCCUCUUCCCCCUCCUCCAUUCCAGAUUAACCAAGAAAAAUAAUACAAUUACACUAACUGAAAAUAAACUAAAAAGAUGACCCGCAAAAAUCAUUAUCCUGCUAAUCAACAUUUCUCCCCUUUCGCUUCUGCAAUUUUGCUGGCAAGUAAAGCAACAGUUUGCUUCUUCUCAAUCCCCCUCUAGUGAUGGUAUCAUUGGUGAUGGUUGUGGAGGUGGCCAACGAAGUCUAGUUAUAUAACAAGAGGUGGUUCCGUUGGUGGGGUUGUAGUUGAGUCGCAGUGGUGGAAAAAUGGAUCAGGUUACGGUGGCGAACAAAUCAGAUAGUUCAGUAGUGUGUUAUGCACCGACGAUGAUAACAACAAAUGGGAUAUGGCAGGGUGACAAUCCUCUCAACUAUUCCCUACCUUUGUUCAUCUUGCAAUUGACAUUGGUGGUCGUCACCACUCGUAUGCUCGUUUUUAUUUUGAAACCCCUCCGCCAGCCUCGUGUUAUCGCUGAAAUCCUAGGUGGUGUGAUUUUAGGCCCCUCUGUACUGGGCCAAAGCAAAGCUUUUGCAAACACCAUUUUCCCUCUAAGAAGUGUCAUGGUCCUAGAAACAAUGGCAAACGUUGGCCUCCUAUAUUUCCUUUUCCUGGUCGGAGUAGAAAUGGACCUUGCCGUAAUCCGCCGAAUUGGCAAAAAAGCCCUGGCCAUGGCUGUUGCUGGCAUGAUCCUUCCUUUCAUCAUUGGAGUCUCCUUCUCCUUCAUCUUGCAUCCAAAACACCAAGGUGGAAGCCAAGGCACUUUCAUCCUCUUCCUCGGCGUUGCCCUAUCCGUCACUGCAUUCCCGGUGCUUGCCCGCAUCUUAGCCGAGCUCAAGCUCCUCAGCUCCGAACUAGGCCGGAUUGCCAUGUCAUCAGCCCUAAUAAAUGAUGUGUGCGCUUGGAUUCUCUUGGCCUUCGCCAUUGCCUUAGCAGAAAAUGACACCACUACCCUUGCUUCCCUCUGGGUCAUCCUCUCUAGUAUCGCUUUCGUCGUUUUCUGCAUUUUCAUCAUCCGCCCACUUGUCUCCUGGAUGAUAAAACGGACCCCAGAAGGGGAAGCGAUCAGUGAAUUCUAUAUUUGUCUGAUUCUUACUGGGGUAAUGAUUGCUGGGUUUGUUACGGAUGCAAUAGGGACACAUUCUGUUUUUGGGGCUUUUGUGUUCGGUCUAGUUAUCCCUAAUGGGCCGCUUGGUGUCACUCUCAUUGAGAAGCUUGAGGACUUUGUGUCCGGGCUUUUGCUGCCUCUGUUUUUUGCCAUGAGUGGGCUAAAGACCAAUAUAUUGGCAAUCACAGGUGCUAUGACAUGGAUAUCCUUAAUAAUUGUCAUUGUCCUUGCCUGUGCUGGCAAAGUUGCUGGGACUCUCCUCGUGGCUUUAUAUUAUCAGAUGCCGUUUUAUGAAGGAGUUACACUAGGUUUAUUAAUGAAUACCAAAGGACUUGUUGAGAUGAUUGUGCUUAACGUCGGUAAAGACCAAAAGGUGCUAGAUGACAAGUCAUUCGCAAUAAUGGUAAUUGUCGCUGUGGUCAUGACUGCAAUCAUCACCCCAAUCGUGACUACAAUUUACAAACCAGCUCGCAGAUUUGUUCCCUACAACCGCCGCUCAAUCCAGCGAUCCAAACCCGAUGCAGAACUUCGAGUUCUGGUCUGCAUCCACACCCCUCGAAACGUCCCCACAAUUAUUAACCUCCUUGAAGCCUCCCACCCCACCAAGAAAUCCCCUAUUUGUAUAUACAUCCUCCACCUCGUCGAGCUCACGGGCCGGGCCUCCGCCAUGCUUAUUGUCCACAGCACAAGAAAGUCUGGCCGUCCUGCCCUGAACCGGACCCAAGCCCAGUCCGACCAUAUAAUCAACGCUUUUGAGAAUUUCGAGCAGCAUGUGGCUUGUGUAUCUGUUCAACCCCUCACUGCCAUCUCUCCUUACUCCACCAUGCACGAAGAUAUUUGCAGUGUGGCCGAGGACAAACGAGUGGCAUUCAUUAUCAUACCUUUUCACAAACAACAAACGGUUGAUGGAGGAAUGGAAGCAACAAACCCAGCAUUUCGAACCAUAAACCAGAAUGCAUUGGCUAAUGCUCCUUGCUCUGUAGGGAUUUUGGUCGAUAGAGGACUAAACGGGUCAACUCGGUUGGCUACCAAUCAGGUGUCGCACCACGUUGGAGUUUUAUUCUUUGGGGGCCCUGACGACAGGGAGGCAUUAUCGUAUGCGUGGCGGAUGUCCCAGCAUCCCGGCAUUAAUCUCACCGUAAUGAGGUUUGUUCCCGGCGAUGACGCAAUUGUGGAGCCCAACAGUGAACCCAAUGACCCAAGGAUACUAACAGUGGUGACAGACAGUGAUAGAGAGAAACAAUUAGAUGAAGAUUACGUUAACGAAUUUAGGGUAAGAACAGUGAACGAUGAUUCAGUUAUGUACACACAGAAGGUAGUGAAUAACGGAGAGGACACGGUGGCGGCCAUACGGUCUAUUGGCACCGGACACGAUUUAUUCAUAGUCGGGAGAGGUCAAGGGAUGAUAUCUCCGCUCACGGCAGGGUUGACAGACUGGAGUGAGUGCCCCGAAUUGGGGGCAAUUGGGGAUUUGCUGGCAUCGGCAGAUUUUGCGGCCACCGUGUCGGUUUUGGUGGUGCAACAAUAUGUUGGGAUGGGGCCGAUCGGGGAUGGGCUAGGAAUGCCAGACAGCCCAACCGAGUACAACAAUUUUAGCGUCCAGGUGAACCAACGGACGCCACAACCGAGGGGGCAGAUAGUGUUCAACCCAUAACCUGAAAGUGCAUUUGGAGAGCGACAUUGGUGAUAACAUGUUUCAUUGAUGGUCUAAAAGAAGGUCAAACAGAAAACAACUGGGAUUUGUUAAUGGCUAUUUUCUGUGUAGCCAGAUGUUACGUACAUUUUUUUUAUUUUUAUUUUAUGCUUUGGAAUAUUAUAAAA